AGAUGAGCACAGGGCAACGUCAGGUGAUUCGCGGUAGAGAUACCGUCGUUUUGGAUAGUUCGGUAUCAUCUUCAACGCAAGAUGUCAAUACAGUCACAAAGAGCAAAUACGACUACGCCGCUAGCCGUAACAACCACACCUAUGACAGAGACGACAACCAACCCAAGAAUGGUGCCAACCAAGACAACCACGCUGUCAGUUGUGACAACCACACCGUCAGUUGUGACAACCACACCGUCAGUUGUUACAACCACGCCGUCAGUUGUUACAACCACGCCGUCAGUUGUGACAACCACGCCGUCAGUUGUGACAACCACGCCGUCAGUUGUGACAACCACACCGUCAGUUGUGACAACCACGCCGACAGUUGUGACAACCACGCCGUCAGUUGUGACAACCACGCCGUCAGUUGUGACAACCACGCCGUCAGUUGUGACAACCACGCCGUCAGUUGUGACAACCACGCCGUCAGUUGUUACAACUAAGCCGUCAGUUGUGACAACCACGCCUUCAGUUGUGACAACCACGCCUUCAGUUGUGACAACCACGCCUUCAGUUGUGACAACCACGCCUUCAGUUGUGACAACCACACCAGUAUGCCGAAAUGGUUACCAGCUGAGAAGUGGCAUCUGCUACAAGGCCUUCAAGACUCAAAUGAACUUUCUCGACGCACGUUGGACCUGCCGCACUGAAGGUGGGACACUCGCCAUGCCGAAAGAUGCGAGCACAAACGAGUUCCUGGUCUCCUUGAAGAAUGAUGAGGAUGAGUAUGGCAAGUUCUGGCUGGGCUUGGAGAGGAGCGAGGAGGUAUCUGUAGACUGGAAGUGGGCAGACGGUACCAGACUGGGACACUACAGCGCAUGGGGACCAGGAGAACCCAACAACGACAAAAACGAUGAGGAUUGCGCACACUACAUAUAUAAAGGGACGGCAUGGAAUGAUGCACCAUGUUCCAUGGAUGACAUAAAACCCAUUUGUCAAGUGAACCCAGAAGCUGCGAAGAGAGACGACUGCCGAUUUGGAUACAAACUCGUCUCCGGGGCCUGCUUCCGGCUCGACUUCCGAGAAAUGAGCUACGACGCCGCCUCAGAAGCCUGCAAGGGACAGGGAGCGAGGCUAGCCAUGCCUAAAACGAGAGAAUUGGACACCGCUUUGAGAAACCUGGUCCGCACGGAAGGGCUGGAAACCAGGUGA